AUGCUCGUGUGCCCGAUACUCGGCCCCCAAGAGAUGACUCCUUGGCCCCCAAUCGGAUCAAGGCAACAGCUUAAACGUUUCCGCCAGCUCCCGCGAGGGCAGUCUGUCGAUCUCAGUAUUACAUGCCCUCUCUGUAGUAAUGAGAAAAAUCAAGAUUUCAAGAUGACUGCUAUACUGAGCAACAUCCUUGACCGGUCCCUGGCCCGAAGCCACCGGAAGAAGGACUUGAGCAAUACCAUCGUAAUUCGAGAUCGUGCAACCGCCAUCUCGCCGCAAGCUAUUUUCGACGCGUCCUGUAUCCGUGACACCCCUCAAGAAAAGCCAUACAGAGCUAUCGGUGUCUAUGGUCGUCCUUCUACUUCUAUGCCUACCACCCCUUCCCACGUCCGGACGUUGAUCGGGGAAAUCUGGCAUUCUCUGCCUUUGAGCGAGCAGUAG